CUUAAACAUCUUUAAUACUAUCAUCUUAAGUUUAAUUAUUAGCUUAUUGCAUGGAUCUUUGCUUUCAUACAAUUUGCUUUGUACUUUGUUCUUGGUUUGCUUUUAUUUUAUAUGUCAUAUUUGAUUUUGUCCAAGGACGAAGUCAUCAAAGGAGCAAAAAGGUACACCCUUUUUUGAGAGUGAACAUGAGCAUGAUGUCAAGUCCUAUGAAUAGGCUAAGGCAAUUAGUAAACUCCAAGACAUGGGACUAUUGUAUCCUUUGGAGAUUAAGUGAAGAUCAAAGGUUUCUAGAGUUUAUGGACUGUUGUUGUGCUGGAAGUGAAAAUAGCAUAGAAAAUGGUAAUAAUAUUAGUGAAGAGCUCUUAUUUCCAUGUAGGGAUAUGAUGCUUCAACACCCAAGAACAAGGAGUUGUGAAUUACUUUCUCAAUUGCCCUCUUCUUAUCCUUUAGAUGGGAUUAACAUGGAGAUCUUAAUAACAAAUCAGCCUAAAUGGCUGAACUUCUCAAAUGUUUCUGAUUUAAAUGUCAAUGAUCAAGUAAAUAUUGGUACCAAAGUUCUUGUCCCAGUGGCUGGAGGAAUGGCUGAACUAUUUGCUGCUAAACAAAUGAAUGAAGAUCAAAAUGUGAUAGACUAUGUUAUAACUCAAUGCACUACAUUAAUGGAGCAAGCAGCAAUAAGCAGUUCAAGCAAUGGGAUCCACACCUUCUCCAUGAACAUGAUCAAUGAACUCCAAUCUAAUCCCACAUUAUCUGAUCAAAACAAUGCUAAUCACACAAUUACGGAUCAAAUUAUCAACAUUAACAGCAAUGAAUCUCAAUCUUCUAUGAAUUUCAUGCAACAUUUUAAUUAUGUUUCUGAGACCAACAAAAUUACUAGGAAUGAUUUUCUCCAGGGAGGAAAUGACUCAUUUCAGGCUGAAAAUGUAUUUGAGGAACUGAUGAAUAAUGCUAAUAGUAUGCAUAAUAUGCAUCAUGUUAUGGAUCAUUCAAUAAAUGAACAGCAAAUUGAUGAGAAAGGCCCAAUACCAAAGCAUGAAAUGGGCCGGGCUGACUCUGUAUCAGAUAGUGAUCCACUUGAUGAUGAGGAAGAUUCAAAGUAUCAUCGUCGUAGGCCCACAAAAGGCCCACAAUCGAAGAAUCUCAUGGCUGAAAGGAAAAGAAGGAAGAAGCUUAACGAGAGGCUUUACCUUCUUCGCUCUAUAGUCCCUAAAAUUUCCAAGUUGGAUAGAGCUUCAAUACUAGGAGAUGCAAUCAAAUAUGUGCAAGAAUUACAAAAGGAAGAAAAGGAUCUUCAAAAUGAGCUUGCAAGGAAUUCGGAUGAUGAAGAUCACAACAAUGACACAAAUAUUGAUUAUGGACAGCAUCAUCUUCACCAGCUUCCUCAGCCAAAUUUCUUACAAGAAGUCUCAAAUCCACACGGGUCUAGAUUCGAGCCAGAAUUUGAUCAUCAAACGGAGGUAACUAGUGAUAAAGCACAACAAAUGGAGGUGCAAGUAGAAGUAGCUCAACUAGAGGGAAAUGAUUUCUUUGUGAAGGUAUUUGGUGAACAAAAGCGAGGCGGCUUUGUAAGACUAAUGGAGGCUUUAAGCUAUCUUGGAUUGGAGAUUAUCAAUGUGAAUAUGACUAGUUGCAUUAGUCUAGUCUCCUAUGUUUUCAUAGUUAAGAAGAGGGAAAAUGAAAAUGUAGAAGCGGAGUAUCUGAGAGACUCAUUGUUGGAGGCAACGCGAAGUCAAGCGGGAUUUUGGUCGGAAAUGGCGAAAGCAUCGACAGAAAAUAGCAGUGGAAUCGAGCAUAGUCGACAGCAGAAUAGCCAGCAUUAUGUGGUGCAGCACCAGCUUCACAACCUUCAUAUUGGACCUUUCCAUAACCAUUUUCAUCAUCUUAGCAACUAAAAUUAAGGCUACUUUUUCAUAAGCAAAAUAAUAAGGGUUAAGAUUAUGAUUAGUUAGCUAGCUCUUUUUUAUCUGCAGAUUUUCAGCUGUUCUUAUUCAAUUGUGAAGUUCAGCUUUUCUUUUAUCAGAGUUUAUAGGAUAAUUGUAUGAUUCUUCAUCUACAAUUAUGCUUUCAGAAUGUUAAAUUGACCGUAGGGAAGAGAAAUGGAUCAUCAACACAAGAAAAUGGAUUAAGUGAAUAUAGAUUUGACCUCGUUUGAUCAGGUCUCAUAUUUUCACUGUUACUGAUAGCAAACAAAG